GGCCUACUUCCUCUUAUGAGUCUUAUCAUUAUCCCCUCUCGCUCUCUCUCUCUCUCAUUCCGCCCUGCUCUCUCAAACCCGUCUCUAAAGCCGCCGCGGUAUGGCGUCCUCAACUGCGCCAAUCACCGCCACAAAACCCCACCAAAACCACCAUCAAUACCCUCACCAGAACCUCCAGAAUCAUUCUCAGAGCCGCCGCCACAGCCACAACAACUGGGCCUCCCACAAGGUCUCUCUAAACAAGUUCUCACCCAGUGCUCGCAAUGCCGCCGCCAAUCCAGGUACUUCUGCCGCCACUCCUCUUUCCAAAAACCCUGUCUUCCCCGCUCUCAUCUCUUCUUUCCCUCCGAAAUCAGAGCUCCGCGUCGGCUUCUGUGGCCGAAGAUCAACUCGCUUCGUCUCCAAAAUGCACUUUGGUCGCCCCAAGACCGCCUUCGCUGGCCGCCACACGUCGGUCGCCGAGGAGGUUCUGCUCCACUUGAUUCACCUGGGUACAGAGGAUUGUAAGAGCUUUGAGAGCGUUUUGCUUGGAUUUGAGUCGCAGCUCUGUGGGACGGAUGAUUACACCUUCUUGCUUAGGGAACUCGGUAAUUUAGGGGAAUGUUCGAAGGCGAUUCGGUGUUUUGAGUUCGCAGUGGAGCGAGAGAGAAGGUCUAAUGAGCAGGGGAAGCUCGCAAGCGCCAUGAUAGGGAUUCUGGGUAGGUUGGGGAAGGUUGAUUUAGCAAGGAAUGUGUUCACGAAGGCGUUUCAAGAGGGCUAUGGGAACACUGUUUAUGCUUUUUCGGCUUUGAUUAGCGCAUACGGGCGAAGUGGGUACUGCGACGAGGCCUUAAAGGUUUUUGAGUCUAUGAAGAAUAAAGGGUUGAAGCCUAAUUUAGUUACUUAUAAUGCUGUGAUUGAUGCCUGUGGGAAAGGGGGCGUGGACUUCAAGCGUGCGGAGGAGGUGUUCAAUGAAAUGUUGAGGAAUAGAGUGCAACCUGAUCGAAUUACCUUCAAUUCACUUCUUGCCGUUUGUAGCCGUGGGGAAUUGUGGGAGGUGGCGAGGAAUUUGUUCAAUGAGAUGGUUUAUAGAGGGAUUGAUCAGGAUAUAUUCACUUACAAUACACUCUUAGAUGCUCUCUGUAAAGGGGGGCAGAUGGAUUUAGCUGUUGAAAUAAUGGCAGAGAUGCCUGGGAAGAAUAUAUUGCCUAAUGUGGUGACUUAUAGUACUGUGAUUGAUGGGUAUGCCAAGGCAGGUAAAUUAGAUGAAGCGCUCAAUUUAUUUAGCGAGAUGAAACUCGUGGGUAUUAGAUUAGAUAGAGUUUCAUACAACACUUUGCUUUCAAUUUAUGCGAAGCUUGGUUGGUUUGAUGAGGCUUUAAGCGUUUGUCAGGAGAUGGAGAGUUCUGGGAUUAGGAAGGACGUUGUUACUUACAAUGCACUUCUGGGUGGAUAUGGAAAACAAGGGAAGUAUGAUCAAAUUAAGCAAAUAUUUGCAGAGAUGAAAGCAAGACGUGUUUGUCCUAACUUACUGACUUACUCAACAUUGAUCGAUGUGUACUCAAAAGGUGGUUUGUACAGAGAGGCAAUGGAGGCGUUUAGAGAGUUUAAGCAGGCAGGAUUGAAGGCUGAUGUUGUUCUUUACAGCACCCUCAUAGAUGCAUUGUGCAAAAAUGGACUGGUGGAAUCUGCUGUAUCCUUGCUUGAUCAGAUGACAAAGGAAGGAAUAAGGCCUAACGUUGUAACUUACAAUUCUAUAAUCGACGCAUUUGGUCGGACGACAACUGCAGAACAUGCAGAUGGUGUUUCUGGUGGAGCUUGUAAGUCACAGAUCACAUAUUUUUCUUCAACUGAACAUGCUGCAGAAAGGGACACAGAAUUUAGGGAGGAUAAACAGAUCAUAGAAUAUUUUGGGCAGCUAGCUGCUGAUAAAUCAUAUUUUGCCAAAAAAUGCAACAGGGGCGGGCAAGAAAUCUUCUGCAUCCUGGAAGUUUUUCAAAAGAUGCAUGCUCUGGAAAUAAAACCAAAUGUAGUUACCUUCUCUGCCAUUAUUAAUGCUUGCAGCCGCUGUAAUUCAUUUGAAGAUGCUUCGAUGUUGUUGGAGGAACUUCGUUUGUUUGAUAAUCAGGUCUACGGCGUCGCACAUGGACUCCUGAGCCACAAGGAAAACAUCUGGGUCCAAGCUCAAUCCUUGUUUGAUGAAGUGAAGCAGAUGGACUCUGCUACUGCAUCUUCCUUUUAUAAUGCUCUAACAGACAUGCUGUGGAACUUUGGGCAGAAACGAGGGGCACAGCUGGUUGUGCUUGAAGGGAAACGGCACAACGUAUGGGAGAACAUGUGGUCUGAUUCUUGCUUGGAUUUGCACUUGAUGUCUUCUGGUGCUGCUCGGGCAAUCGUACAUUCUUGGUUGCUUAAUAUACGUUCUAUUGUGUUUGAGGGCCAGGAAUUGCCAAAAAUAUUAAGUAUAUUGACCGGUUGGGGCAAGCAUAGCAAAGUAGUUGGCGAUGGGGCACUACGGCGAACCAUUGAGGCACUCCUUCGUGGCAUGGGUGCGCCAUUUCGGGCUCCUAAGUGCAAUCUAGGGAGGUUUAUAUUAACGGGUGCGGUGGUGGGUGCUUGGUUAAAAGAAUCAGGCACACUGAAAGUUCUCGUUCUUCACGAUGACAGAAUUCUUCCAGGAAGCACAAGUGCUGAUCAAAUUCCUAACUUUCAGGCAGUCCCUUUGUAGUAGUUUGUCUAUUCGCAUGCUAAUUUCUGUGACCUCCCUGUCUAACAUGUUCUAUCAUUGUAAUUUGUGUUCUUGGAAAAUAGUUCUCUCCUCCUUUAGCAGUGUUUUGUGUAUUCAUGUCUCUCUGUAAUUUGUUGACAUCGAAAAAUUUAAGUAUUGACAUCCCUCUCUCUCUC